AUGUCAGACAAAGCCAGUCAAAAGAAAUCUGUUGCUACUAAAGACGCUACCAAGCCAAAAAAAGCUGGAGAUGAAGAAAAGAAAACUAUGCUUAAGAAGAAUUUUGAGUCAUAUGCUUUAUACAUUUCAAGAGUUUUGAAAUCAGUUUUCCAAGAUAUUGGAAUUACACUUCCAUCUAUUUCUAUUAUGGAUUCAUUUGUUCGUGACAUUUUUGAAAGAAUUGCUACUGAAGCAUCAUCUCUUGCAAGAAAUUAUAAUAAAACCACAAUCACUGUCAAAGAAAUUGAAACAGCUACUAAACUCAUUCUUAAAGGUGAUUUGAAUAAACAUGCAGUUUCUGAAGGACAAUCAGCUGUUAAGAGAGCAUCUGGUAAAGGAAGCACUUCAGGAUCUCAAGCUUAA